GUCAGUGUGCGCGCAGACGCCGGUGCAGCCGCACGCGCCGCGAGCUGCGAUGAGGUAGCGGCGCGGCCAUGGUGUACCCGGAGCCGUCCCGCUGGGGCGCGCCCGACGCCGCGCUCGCGCCCCUCUACGACGACGUCUACAGAGGUCAGCUGACAUUUGCAACCUCCGCUAUGCGAAUGCAAGCCUCUUUGUUUCUGUGUUAGAACCUGUAAUUCCCGUGCACGCGACCCCCUUUUGCUUUCCCCUUUUAUGUUAACGUUCUGAUUUCUGGUUUUCGAAUCCUAUUUAAUCUUAACAUAAUGGCACAUUUCAUGCUUUCCGCUCUAACAUUAUUUAUUACUGUAUCUUAUAUGACGAUAACACGAUUCGGUGUCUUUAUAUAAUUAAAAAAAACUAAUUUCAUUUAUUAAAAAAAAAAAAAAACUGAAUAACAACAAAACUGACUUUGUGUUUUAACGUGCAUUAUUCUUGAAUGUAUAUCACAAAUAUCUGUCCUGGAAUACGUUUUCAACUGGUUAUAGUACCGUUUUAGGUAUCCUUUUGCUUAAAAACCUGCUUUGGUUCGAAGAGUGCAAAUAAUUGCAAUAUGACUAAUCCGGCGGCGAAAGCUGAUGGAGUCCUCUCGACUGUGAAUGUAGUGGAAGCCCUCCAAGAGUUUUGGCAGGUGAAGGCGGCACGAGGCGGGGGCGCGGCGGGCGGCGCCCUCGUCAUCUACGAGUCUGUGCCGGCUGCUCAUCCGCCCUACGUCUGCUACGUCACGCUCCCCGGUGGAGCGUGCUUUGGCAGUUUUCAAAACUGCCCAACUAAAGCGGAAGCAAGACGCAGCGCCGCUAAAAUAGCAUUAAUGAACAGCGUAUUCAACGAGCACGAAUCUCGGCGGAUAUCCGACCAUUUCAUCGAGAAGGCGGUGGCGGAGGCACGCGCGUCCUUCGCCGGAGACACGAGCAACCCACACCAGGACCCCAGCGCUGGUAUCGCUGCGUUUAGGUUCAUGCUGGAGGCGAACAAAGGUCGGACGAUGCUGGAAUUCCAGGAGCUGAUGACGGUAUUCCAGCUGCUCCACUGGAACGGGUCGCUGAGAGCGAUGCGCGAGCGGCAAUGCUCGCGGCAGGAAGUCGUAGCGCACUACUCGGCCCGGGCACUAGACGACGCGAUGCGGGAACAGAUGGCGCGAGAAUGGGCCACCAGGGAGCGUGAAGCGUCUUCGUCCGGUGGCGGAGUACUACGCGCGGAGCUGGCGAGAUCUGAACGCGAGCUUCGGGCCGCGAGGCUGGCGGCACGUGAGCUUCGCUUCCCUAAAGAAAAGCGCGACAUCCUCCAACUGGCCGCCCGUCUAGCGCCGCCGCCGCAACCGUGAUCUCAACAACACCACGCACGUCUGACGCAACGCAACGCGUUACUUAAUUAUAGUCUUUAGUAUAAGAUA